AAAACCUUGAUAUAAUUCGAAAUAUUAAAAUGUAUAGUCUUGACCACAAUGACAAGGUUUUCUACCUUUACCCAUUCACUAUAAUUAAUUUUCUCGGUGACUGAUGUAAAUGAAAUUGCAUAAAUACUACACCAAAAAUUUAAAUAAGGAAGAGUAUUCGUACACAUGGAAUAUGAAGCAAGAGAAGAUUUGCGGUAGAUGUAAAAUUGAUUUAUUUACACCCUGUUCAAAAUUUGAUCAAGGAUUACACCUGCAACGAGAUAUGUAGUUCAAUAUGAGUUGGAUGAGUAAAAAACGAGUGCUCUAGAUACUUAAGUUCUAGUUCAAUAUCGCCAAGAUUUCAAAUAAAUUGCCGAUCGACUGCCUAAUUCGCUUAGUCUUUCGUAGUUUACAGUACUAACAAAGUAAAUUUGCUUAAUAAAGAAGAAAAUGUUAUAUAAAAUUAUCAUAUCACUUCUUCUACUGGUUACAAUAACGCAUUUAUCAAGAUCAGACGAUGAAAUUCCUGCGAUAAGAGAUAAGCGAGCUUUAGGUUUGGGACUAGCAGGAGCAGGAUUAGUGGGAGCUGGGAUAGCAGGUGCAGGAAUAGCAGGAGCCGGUUUGGGCCUGGCUGGACUAGGAUUAGGUUUAGGCGUAGGAUCAGCUUAUCAUCAUCAUCGUCCUCAUUAUUAUGAGGAUCAUCAUGUUGUGGUGCAUCAUUACGAGCCUGUUGUUCAUCACUAUUACCAUUAAACGUAGCAAUAAUAUCGAAUAAAUGAUGCACACAAAAAAAUUGUAUAAAGCAAGUAUUAAAAUAUUGAAAACUAAUUCCUAAAGUUAUUUCAAAAGUUUAAAAAUUCUGGAUAAUUACCUUAUAAUAAGUCGCAUUAAAAUUUUAGUGGAUCGCAAUUAUAUUACCA